AUGCAAGUGUUAAUCUCUUUGCUAUUGGCGUGGGCACUUUGCGAGGUUCGAGCUGUGAUAAGAACACCGUUGGAGGCGUUCAGGCCUUCAGCAGAACUACAUCUGAGGAGACCAGACAAGCUGUCGUUCCUACCCCACAAGAGAAUAUCAACGCCACAGAAGGGUGAUCUCAAGAUUUUAUAUCAGACCGGGGGUUCCGAGGAAGAUCUUCCAGACUGCAGGCCGAGGCAAGUGUGUAGUAAAGUGGACCUGUAUGAUACGACGCAGCCCUGGAUCGAGAGGAAGUGUCGUUGUUUGGGACAUAGACCAUGUUCUAGUGAUUUAAAUGCGGACGACAACCACACACUGGCAGACAAAACUACCCUUUACAAAACAUGUGAGCCUGUCAAACGUCUUCCAAAAUGCCGGUACUUCAAAGACGCCGCCUGGAUUAUCUACUCAUUCCCCGACAGCAACGCUACUCAGCAGAUCGUCAACUGCCAUUGUCCGAAGUAUUCGGUGACUUAUCUCUUAAAGAAAUUACCAUAUACGACACCUAGCGGUGAACAAGGGAACCAGUACCAGUUUGCGUGUUCGCCGCAGAGCAGGCUACGCUGCUCGAGAAAGGAACCUUGCAAGUUAUUCUCCGCGAGGCGACGACACGAACAAAUCGAUGAAGUCAAUGCCAACACUAUCUGUCAAUGCCCGCGAGGCCACACCUGCCCAAAGCAUCACACGGAGACAGGGGUUCUAGCAGGUAUAACAUACGCUUCAGAAGAUAUCCGCACCUACCACGGAUACUGCAUGCCCGAGCCUCCACCAGACGCCUACAGAUUCGUGGGGGAUAAAGAUUGA